ACCCAAGGUUCUCUUGCAUUUCCGUUCACCAGGAAAUGGGUUGAAAGCUGAAGCACAGAAAGGGAUCAUGCAAUCGUUGCUACAUUCCACGUGGAUUGUGGAAGAAAAUUGUCGAUACGAUUCUCUCAACUGCUGCCAUGCUGCUUGUCUUCGAGUUCAGUUCAGAGAAAGGCAAACAGCCACGUUCUGUGAUCAAACUGGCUGGAUGUCACACCCUUUUCAGAGGACAUUCCUGCCAUUCGCGUUCCCACGUUCUGCUGGAAACUUGAUGGAAAUGGAGGUCCCUGAUUAGUUGGCGGGAAGGUGAUCUACACCAACAAAGGACUGUGGCACUCUUUCUUUGCAGGAUGGUCCUCGAGAGCCAUCGCCUCCAAUGCAGGCGGGAUCGCGUGGGACAAACGCUUUUUAACCUGCUUGGUUCUCAUAAGGACACCAGAAGAACGGCCAAAUUCCUGGCCGUUUUCUUCUUCAUCAAAUAAUCACCAAAAUGGUACCUUGCUUUUUUCAAGUGGGAAUAUCACUUCGAGGAUGUGGUAUUGGACGAUAUAAUGGCGUUGCUAACACUCACGGUCGAAAAUGAUACCGGGGUAACUAAUAUCUCGUCAGUAUAUCCGCCCGUGGAUGAAGGUCGUGCACCUUUGAUUCUCGGUCUAUCGGGGUGUCUUGCUGUGUUAUCUAUCCUUGUAGUGGUAUUGCGAUGUUACUGCCGAGGCCGGAUAGAGAGGCAUUUCUGGCAUGAUGACUAUCUCAUAGUGUUUGCCACAAUAUGUUCGAUUAUCGUCCUCGCUUGCUUCAUAGCAGAGUCGUACAAUGGCUUGGGGCGCUAUAUUUUGUUCCUUAGCUCUGAAAACCGCGAAUAUUUGGCGAAAAUAGGAUACAUCCAUGGAAUAUUUGACCUGCUUGGAAUCAACGCCGUGAAAAUAUCUUUCGGCUAUUUUAUACUUCGGACAACAAGCGGAGUCAAGAUUCGGAAUUCAACUAAAGGGAUGAUUGUGUUCGUCCUAGCCUUCACGAUAUUUACGACAGGCAUGGCUAUUUUCCAAUGCGUUCCAGCUGCUGCCCUCUGGAAUGCCGGCAUAGAAUCCAGUUCCCAUUGUCUUUCACUUAAAUCCUACGUUACCAUCGGCCUGGCCACUGAUUCUAUGAACGCUAUAAUCGAUCUUAUAUUAUCGACCUUACCUCUUCCCCUCUACUACGAUUCAAAUGCCAGCAGAUAUUCCCGAGUGGCGUUGGUGGGAAUCGUUGCUCUUGCAUAUAUAGCAUGCAGCGCUGCCAUUAUAAAAAUUGUUCGUCGAGCUCAUGUGCUCACGACUCCCAGUUCGUGGCGCGAAAGCGAUUACACCCUUUGGACUAACAUCGAACUUCAAAUUGGAAUUCUAGCGGCUUCUCUACCCACUCUGAACCCAAUGUUCACAAUCAUCGCCACGUUUAUAAGCAAGACAUUUAAGACACCUAAAUGGCCGACAAACAACCCCGACACGCAGGAACACAGUUCAGCCUGCAACCCUAUUCCAAUGGGUCCAACUCCAUUGCGAAGACUUAGCCGAUCAACCCUCUAUCGUCACAACGCCAGUAGUGUUACCACCGAGCACUCCGACCCGGAACAACAGCAUAUCACUAGAUAUCCCUCAAGCCAUUAUAAAGUCGAAGUUAGCGCCUCAAGACUCUCUAGUUCUAAAAACAGUAGCCAGCGAGAUGCUAUCCUUGCUGGUGCACCGUCGGGGUUUCCAGCCAUAAUGAGAACUACUGAUGUAUUUAUACACACGGCAGAUGGGAAUAAAAGAGGUAUUGACGAAGGAGAUGUUGAUAGUGCAAGUGCGGAAAUUCGAUCUGUUAGCUGAUGAUGGAAUGUCUCUUUGAUGAAUCGAUGUUUUGGGAAUGGAAUGGGUCGGCGCUUCGUGUACGCAUGUACGGGGUUCCUGAGCGGUGGUAUACGCAGUCCAGACUCUCUUAUGUUUGCCGCUUUCUUCCUCUUUCUAUAACAAAUCUUGCACAUAUGCUAGGUGCAUUCACGUCUGUAUGUAUCUAUAUGUAUAUAAAUAUGCAGCUUGUAUACCUUGUUCUGCAAUUUUGACUUCCUUUGUCGGUCUUGUGGAUUAUAUGUAAGCCAUGGCACCAAAACAUAUACCAAAGAGCGUAAAAUCAGUACAUUUAGGUUGAAUUAAGAAAAUGAGAUAGGUAUCUCAAUAUAUCACGCCUCGGGCUAAG